AGAGAAAGCUUCUCCAACCACUGUCUCUCUUCCCUCCAUCUUGCUUGCUGUUAUGUGCUCUCUUCUUCUUCUUCGGGGGUUUAAUUUUGUUGAUUUUGGGGGUUUGUGUUUGGGUGAUUAGUUUUAGGGUAGAGGGCACGCACUUUGCAAGAAAACUACGCUCAACGACCAUCGAAAGGCUGUGAGUUGGCGUAAAUCCCCAAUUUCGGUUUCCUUUCGUGGGUUUCGAGCAAUAUAAAGCGAUUCGUUUUCAUUUCCAGUUUAAGAAGCACUCUCGAUCAACGUCUGUGAUGUGAAAUUCUGUUUUUUUCUCAAUCGGAUUCGGAUUCCGUUUCUAGGGAUUGUGUUUGUUAUUUAUUGAUGGGGAGUCUGCUGUGAUUUAUUGUAGUUUGAGUUUGCACAGGAUAGUAAUUAGAGGCUGUGAAAGAUGUAUAUUGAGGAAGUGAAUGAUGGUGAUUCCGAUUCGGAGUGUGUCCGAAGGCAGCAGGACAGCGGUGCUGAUGGCGGUGGUGGUGGUGGUGGUGCGGUGUUUGUUUGGAACCCUAAAAGAGUAUUGGUCGGAGCCGGGGCGAGAGCCCUUUUCUAUCCCACAUUGUUGUACAAUGUUGUCCGGAACAAGAUCCAGUCGGAGUUCCGGUGGUGGGAUAGAGUUGAUGAGUAUGUUCUGUUGGGAGCUGUUCCAUUUCCUACCGAUGUUAUGCGCUUGAAGGCUCUCGGUGUAGGAGGGGUGGUAACAUUGAAUGAGCCAUAUGAAACUUUAGUCCCGACUUCACUAUACCAUGAUUAUGACAUUGAUCACUUGGUGAUUCCCACCCGGGAUUAUCUUUUUGCUCCAUCAAAUGUUGAUAUUUGCAGAGCUAUCGAUUUUAUCCACUCCAAUGCCCUCAGUGGCAAAACAACAUACGUUCAUUGUAAGGCCGGACGCGGACGCAGCACAACAAUUGUUCUCUGUUAUCUGAUCAAAUACAAGCAAAUGUCUCCCGAGGCCGCGUACGAGCACGUGAGAUCUAUUAGGCCGAGGGUGUUGUUAGCCUCCUCCCAGAGACAGGCUGUUUAUGGUUUCUACAACGGACUGAAGAAAUCCAAUACUGUGAUCUCCGCUCCCAACUCAACACGACGAGCACAGCCCUUCCCGGCGACAUCCAGCUUGGAAUUUGACGACAAUUCCCUGGUGUUAAUUACAGACUCCGACCUCGAUGGAUACGAGGAAAACGCCGAUGCCACCACUGUGUUGGGACACAACAUCCUGGCGGACGCAAACCUGGUACAGUUUGCAAGCCAAGCAGCGAUUUCGAGGCUGUCCUGUCUAUGGGUACGGUGCCACGCCGGGCAAAAAGUGCUGAAAAAGAAGCUCACAAAUUCAGUAAGGAACAGCAGCAGCUUGAGAACCAUUGGCGUCGAUAUACAUGUUUAUUGAAUUGAUGGACGUACGGAGCCCCCCGCCCACGUCCUCAAGUUUUUUUUUUUUUCAGCAGCGGGUAAUAAGGAUCUUCUUUUACGUUACCGUGUCUUUUUAUUUCUCCCGAGAGUUUGUCUGGGAUCUUGAUGGAGUUAAUGGUCUUGAGCCGCCAGUCGUGGUCGUGCAAUUGCCAAAGAAGGGGUCGGCUCGGGACGGGAAGGGACGCCGGAUUUGGUAACUGUACAGUUAUAGAGUCGAAAAGUCAGUGAGUGCAGCACAACAGCUGUGUUGUGUUGUGUCAAUUGUGUGCCUAAAAAUGGACAAUGUUGGUUAUAUGUAUAUAUAUGUAUUACCUGUUUUCCCCUUGA